AGAUGGAUCUCUGUUCCUUGUCUCGCGCAGAAACAGCCGUCCAUUGAGCUUCGAGGGAACUUUUCGAAAUGCGAAGUGGUGCCUUCCUUGGAUACUAGGGGUUCCACGUUGCGCCGCUGUUCCUUUUGUACCUUCCAUACAGCACGUCGGACUCGAGCUUAAAAAUCGAGGGCCCUCUCUACUUAUUCUAGAUAAUUUACUCUUAUACCAACUCCGUUUUUCUUCAUAGAAGUUCUUCCACAUCCCAUCUGGAAGCUCUACACUCUGCUCCACUCACCGCGCAAAGUUCGUCUCUCUCAAUCACGUCUACUACGCUAAACAUCCCCACCACACCACUACGUACUUACCCCGCCAAAAAACCGACCGAGGUCUAGCUUCUUCGUCUCUACCAAAACAUUGCGCAAAUUUCGUCAAAUCCACCACAAUGGGUGUCACCAAGCAAAUCAACCAAGAAGGCUCCGGCGCUCAGCCUGUCGCCGGCCAAACCGUCGUCAUCGAGUACACGGGCUACCUCAAGGAUGCCAAUGGCAACAAAGGUUCCAAGUUCGAUUCUUCUGUCGGCCGAGGCGACUUCGAGACCCAGAUUGGUGUUGGCAAGGUCAUCAAGGGUUGGGACGAGGGUGUCGUUCAAAUGAAGGUUGGCGAGAAGGCCACGUUGGACAUCUCCAGUGACUACGGCUAUGGAUCUCGAGGAUUCCCCGGCCACAUCCCCCCCAACUCUGAUCUGAUCUUGUAAGUUUUCGUGCCAAGUGCAACAGCAGAAUCCAGCCGCUAAUUACGUCGCCUUACAGCGACGUCCACCUCAAAAACAUCA